GCGGCAGGCUGUAGGCUUUCAAUUCAAUUGAUUUAGGUUGCUAGGCAGACGACUAGGUAAUAAGACAGGCUUGAACGGGCAUUAUAUUAAUAGCUUCAUGCAGUCCAACACUUGAUCGGUAGUGGUUGGGGCCGAGAUGACAGUAUUCUUGCGGCGACGGCUGUUAAGGAGCCCAGGGUCUUAGGCAAGACAAGUCCUUGGGAUCAUCUCUGGAACCCCUCACUCUCCAUUACCACCCUACUCCCCUGUAUUGUGAGUCAGGAAGCUGUUAUCUAGAAAAUGGAGGUUCUCGGUGCUGUAGCUAGCAUUGUCCAGCUUACAACAAUCGCUGCAUCAAUCAUCAAGACCAUCUACCGCAUCCACAAUGAGGCAAAAGAAGGAUUAACCCGCGCCGUUCGGAGAACUAUCGAAUUGGAGUCUCUGCUAGCUAUACUAGACCUUAUCAAAUCCUCCGAGCCAUUGACACCAAACACUUUCCAAGUGCCACUGUUAAUUGUGCACGAACACCUUAACGAAUUAGACAACCUCUUGGCCAACCUGUGCAAUCGCUCCGGGCUAAAGGUCUACCUUCACCUCUGGGCCGUUCCGAAUAUCAUCAAGACCGAGAACAAGAUUAUUGAAGGUCUAAAUAACCUUGAGCGCGCCAAGAAUAGCCUUAUUCUACACCUUUCCGCAACUCAAGGGCGUACCUUAGAGCAGAUCCUAGAGAAGAUGAAUCAACAGCAAAGUCAGUCCCAAUAUGGGUAUAGAGGACCCGUGGCGAACCAAAGCCGGUCGAAAUUCACUUCUAGUUCUAGUGCAAGAGAGCGAGCCUCGCACCCAGACGAAGCUACUAACACUCUGGAUUGCACACUGUAUCGCAUACAGCAAGGACGUAUGAUGGCCAGAGAGAGUAAAGAUACCUACCCGACAGUUCGUGUCUAUCAAGACGAGUACCAACCUGACGUUGACGAGGACCAAAAGGAUAUUGACGAGCCUGCCGGAGACGAAAACCCAACCGCCGCCCCAUACCACAAUGCCAGCGAUGACUUUGUCUUCGUCGGAAACAAUAAUACAAUAGAGCCUCCUCGGGGAAAGAGGGUGUGUCACAUUGGCAGCACUUUCAAAGACUACCCAUCAACUAGAAAAACACCAUUCUGGCGUUGGAUGGGUCACAAUAACAAGAUCAAGUCAGAUCAGCUUGGCCAUAUCGUCCAUUUCUUCAACCGAACCUCAUCCUCGCCUACUAGUAGUCAAUCUACAUCUGCGAGUGGAUGGAGCAAAUAUCUUGGAACUCGUACAAGAAGCCAGAAGUAUGACGACUAGGAAAAGAGGGUAGUCUGAAAGAAGAGCACGCAGUUCUCUAUUCCCUUGACUCCAUUUCGAUUCAGACUGAUGUAGCUGUCUGUCUAUACGUUUAUUAUAGUGCCUUUUGAACCAUUCAUAUCUUCGCGCGCUAUAUCAUGAAUCCCUUCGUCUUUUACGCACAACGUUCCGCCCUUCUAGAGGGUAAAACUUCUUUGCCUUUUUCCAUAUGUUACGAACCACCCGGCCGGCCACCAUACAGUUCAAUAGCGAGCCUGCCGCCGCUCUAUCAAAGUCUUUCUUUAUCUUUAUACACCACCAAUGUUAUGAAUCAACACCGAGAAAAAAAUCAUGAAGACCUCGGUUGGAACAUAUUCAUUGAAUAAAGAGUUGCAUAUAACGAAUUGUAUGCUUUAAUCCGACUUAAUGAGAUAAACGUCCAACUAUUGAGCUACGCUUUAAGAGCAACAAAACCGAGUCUAUCGACCGAGCAUCAUCGAUAGUGGGUGGAACGCAACGUUGCAGCGAAGUCGAAAUGCCCAGUGCUCCGGUCCAAUCCAACAGGCCGAGGCAAGCUCAUUGUAUCAAAGGAGUGACAAGUCAGCACCGGCUGUAAUUGCCAAAGCCUUAGAAGGCGCAUCAAACAGCGCAC